GCGACUGACUUGACCGACGAGCAGGUGGCAGAAUUCAAAGAGGCAUUCAGCCUAUUCGACAAAGACGGAGAUGGCACCAUCACAACUAAGGAACUGGGUACAGUGAUGCGAUCUCUGGGACAGAACCCAACAGAAGCUGAACUGCAAGACAUGAUCAAUGAAGUGGACGCUGAUGGAAACGGAACAAUCGACUUUCCCGAAUUCCUAACUAUGAUGGCCAGAAAAAUCAAAGACACCGACUCAGAGGAAGAACUUCGAGAAGCAUUUCGUGUCUUUGACAAGGACGGCAACGGAUUCAUAUCGGCAGCAGAGCUGCGGCACGUGAUGACGAAUCUCGGCGAGAAGUUGACGGACGAAGAGGUCGAUGAGAUGAUCCGAGAAGCAGACAUGGAUGGCGAUGGACAGGUCAACUAUGAAGAAUUUGUUCGAAUGAUGACUACGAAAUAA